AUGUCUCAGAACGUUUACAUUGUAUCGACCGCCAGAACCCCAAUUGGUUCAUUCCAAGGUUCUCUAUCUUCCAAGACAGCUGUGGAAUUGGGUGCUGUUGCUUUGAAGGGAGCCUUGGCUAAGGUCCCAGAAUUGGAUGUAUCCAAGGAUUUUGACGAAAUUAUUUUUGGUAACGUUCUUUCUGCCAAUUUGGGCCAGGCCCCAGCCAGGCAAGUUGCUUUGGCCGCUGGUUUGAGUAACCAUAUCGUUGCAAGCACAGUUAACAAGGUGUGUGCAUCUGCUAUGAAGGCAAUCAUUUUGGGUGCUCAAUCCAUUAAAUGUGGUAAUGCUGAUGUUGUCGUGGCUGGUGGAUGUGAGUCUAUGACCAACGCUCCAUACUACAUGCCAGCAGCCCGUGCCGGUGCUAAAUUUGGCCAAAGUGUUCUUGUCGACGGUGUUGAAAGAGAUGGGUUGAACGAUGCGUAUGAUGGCCUAGCCAUGGGUGUACACGCAGAAAAGUGUGCUCGUGAUUGGGAUAUUACCAGAGAACAACAAGACAACUUUGCCAUCGAAUCCUAUCAAAAAUCUCAACAAUCUCAAAAGGAAGGUAAAUUUGACAAUGAAAUUGUACCAGUUACCAUUAAGGGAUUUAGAGGCAAGCCUGAUACUCAAGUUACUAAGGAUGAGGAACCUGCUAGAUUACAUGUUGAAAAAUUGAGAUCUGCAAGAACUGUUUUUCAAAGAGAAAACGGUACUGUCACUGCCGCCAAUGCUUCUCCAAUCAACGAUGGUGCUGCAGCUGUUAUUUUGGUUUCUGAAAAAAUUCUAAAGGAAAAGAAUUUGAAGCCUUUAGCUAUCGUCAAGGGUUGGGGUGAGGCCGCUCAUCAACCAGCUGACUUCACAUGGGCUCCAUCUCUUGCAGUUCCAAAGGCUUUGAAACAUGCCGGCAUCGAAGAUAUUAGUUCCGUUGAUUACUUUGAAUUCAAUGAAGCUUUUUCAGUCGUCGGUUUGGUCAACACCAAGAUUUUGAAGCUAGACCCAUCUAAGGUUAAUGUAUACGGUGGCGCUGUUGCUUUAGGCCAUCCAUUGGGUUGUUCUGGUGCCAGAGUGGUCGUUACUCUACUAUCCAUUUUACAACAAGAGGGAGGUAAGAUCGGUGUUGCCGCCAUCUGCAAUGGUGGUGGUGGUGCUUCAUCUAUUGUCAUUGAAAAGAUAUGA